AUGAUGAAAUGUUUAAGUUCUUCAAAAUUGCCUACUCAAAAUUUCUUGCUACAAAAUUAUUUUAUACAUCAUUUAAAAAAAACUAAUUUAUAUACUUCUAAAAGCAAAAAAGUUGGAUGUAUCAAAAAUAUAUAA